CUAAAUUCUUACAAAAUCCUGUCCUCCAGCCAAACUCCGUUACAUCCGAACUCGGCAAGCGGUCCGUUCACAAAACCCCGUGCACUUGACUUUCUUUCUUUCUUUUUCUCCCCCCUCUCUGGUCGCGGAUUAUCAGGACAUCAUCCUGUUUGUUACACACACACACACAAUAAAGCUGUUGAUUGCGGUUCAUUUUUCCAUGGCUUCUCCUGCCUCUGACCAUGGUUCUAUAAAUUCCCCAACUGCUUCACAACUUCUAGAGCCGGCGUCCUUGUCAUCAACUUCAUCUCCGGACUCCGCAGCCCCACCACCACUAUCGGACCCUCCUCCUCCUCCUCUUCCUUCGCCCCCUCCUUCUUGUCUUGCUUCUCCCUCGACUUCCUCUUGCACUCCCUCCACUACAACAACUACCACCAAUCUCGGAGCCUCGCUCUUGCGCGAUUAUGCUUUCCACAUAGAUCCUUCCCAACCCUCAAGCCAAGUGCUGCACGGGAGCACAACCUCUCCGGAUUCCUCUACCAACCCCGGUGCGGCCCCAGCAUUGUCAACUCCUGAGCAGGCACAGGAGGACACCGUCACACAGACAACCUGUCCAACCCCCUUCCUCCCUUUCCGUUCGACGGCCUCGCUGGGACGCCAUAACCGCAACAACAACUUGCCUAGUGAUUUAAUUCCCCGACAGACCAUCAUGAAAGCCCUUGCCUCCCGGCCCUCCGUUUCCAACAGCCAUAGUCCGAAUGUGCCGCUGGCGGCCUCAUUGGGUCUUCAAAAUACAAGCACUUGCUCAAGCCCUCCAGAGGACUCGGAUCGGCGCUCGAGUUCGUCGUCCUCGCAGAAGCUCUCUGCGGCCCUCUCCAACCUACAACUGGGGACGUACCUCGAUCGCGCUCCCUCGACAGCCCGUCUGGUUAUGCAAUCUCCGUGCUUCUUCCACAAACGAUUCGAUGACGCCGUAAAUCUCCAAAAGGUCCUGGAAGAGAUCACGGAUGAUGAGUGGCUGUCUCACUCUCGCUUGCUUCAGACGGCAACAGGCGUUCGGGAGGUAUCGAAACAGCUUCAACGCAGGCCAAUUAAACGAGCGGUGAAAAAUGUGAUGAUUGUCACCAAGGCGCGCGAUAACCGUCUGGUGCACUUGACUCGGGAACUUGCACAGUGGCUCCUUUCUACACCCCGAUAUGGGAGUGACCUUGGGGUGAAUGUGUAUGUGGACGCCAAGUUACGCAACUCAAAGCGGUUCGAUGCACAGGGUCUGGUGCAGAAGAAUCCCAAGUUUGAAUAUAUGCUCCGCUACUGGACCCCAGACCUUUGUUGGACAUCCCCCGAAAAGUUUGAUCUUGUACUCACUUUGGGCGGAGAUGGCACUGUACUUUUCACAUCGUGGCUGUUUCAGCGCAUUGUGCCUCCUGUUCUUUGCUUCUCUCUCGGGAGCCUCGGGUUCCUGACCAACUUUGAAUUUGAAAGUUACAAGUCCCAUUUAAAUGCUGUCAUGGGGGACGUGGGUAUGCGGGUGAAUCUUCGAAUGCGCUUUACUUGCACGGUUUUCCGUCCAGACCGAAGCAAGGGGGCUGAAGCGGGGGCCGUGGAGGAAGGAGAACAAUUCGAGGUGCUCAAUGAGCUGGUUAUCGACCGAGGACCUUCGCCUUACGUGUCAAACCUCGAACUGUACGCCGACAACGAUCUCCUUACCGUGGUUCAAGCGGAUGGGUGCAUAUUCUCCACGCCAACUGGAUCCACCGCUUACUCGUUGUCUGCGGGCGGUUCUUUAAUUCACCCUUCAAUCCCUGGAAUUCUCCUUACUCCCAUCUGCCCUCACACCCUAUCCUUCCGUCCCAUGGUUCUUUCCGACUCUCUAUUACUUCGUAUUGCUGUCCCGGCCGGCUCGCGUUCGACAGCAUACUGUUCAUUUGACGGCAAAGGCCGUGUUGAGCUCCGCCAGGGCGAUUACGUUACUGUCGAGGCAAGCCAGUAUCCUUUCCCGACUGUUGUCUCCGGCAACGGGGAGUGGUUCCAGAGUAUCCAGCGAGCGCUUCGAUGGAACACGCGCGGUGCGGUCCAGAAAAGCUGGCGUCGAGGCGAUGAGAAUGCGGCCGAUGCGGCCGAGGACGAAAACGAGGAUGAGGAAUGGGACAUCGAUACGGAUGCCGGGUACAACGGGACAGACAGCGGCUUCGGGCCGAGUGAAGACGGCGAUACUGGCUCGAACAGUCCCAUGAAGCGACAGAUGAGCCUGCUGAGCAUGUAGCGGUGACGCCUUUUUCAUUUGUUUGUACAUAUACCCCUUUCAGCACCUGCGUGGUGCCUCUUGACGCAUACACUGGUGAUCUUGGGUUGGCGCUCUCGGGCAUUCAUUUUACGGCCGGUCACUCACCUUUCAUCAUAUCAUAUAUUUGUUUUACGAGCGAUAGGUUUUAGAUUUCAGAAUUCCUUUUGUUUAUUGGCGGACUAGACCAAAUGUUAGAUGCUGUCCUUGGACAAUCUACGAUGAUCAAAUUUUAAUCAUUCCUUGCAAUCAAUAUAUUUA